AUGCGGUAUGCGAUCGCUCGACCAAGCGAAUAUCUCGUGCUCACGGGAGCCGGGAUCGAUGAUAUUCGCAUAGCCAAAAAGGCCUUUGUGAUGCCAUGGCAGCGGGAGAUCGUCAAGGGAAUUAUUGAAGGCGAGACUCGCGUUUGUGUCUCCAGUAUGACGAUGGAGGAAGUCUUCAAGGAGAGACUGAUUUUCAAUAACAAUGUCAUCGAUAAUGUCCAGAAGGAGCUGAAACAAUUCGGUUUGAAGAUUUACAACGCCAACGUCAAGGAGCUCCAAGAUACGCCCGGAAGCAAGUACCUUGCGUUUCUGAGCCGAAAAGCCCAUGAAGGAGCCCUCAACCAGGCCAAGAUCGAUGUGGCCGAGGCACGGAUGAGAGGCGAGAUAGGAGAGGCCGAGAAGAAAGGAAGAACGAAGCAAGAGAUCUCCAAAAUCGACGCAGACACCGCCGUUCUGGAAACAAAACGAAAGGCCGAAAAGGCCAAGGCAGAUUCGGAGCUCAAGAAUCGUCAGACCGAGCUGGACACCAGUGUCAAACUUGCUCAGAUCGUAGCCCAGCGCGAGACAGAGACAAGAGAUGCAGAGUUGAAGAAAAAGGUCGAGAGCACGCGAGCCGAAACCGAGUUAGAGCGUCUAAGGGCUGAGCAAGUGACGAAAAGCAAAGUCGAACGUGAAUCCGCUCAGGAAAAAGCAGAUGCUUCAUUUUAUACGGAGCAGAAGGCAGCGGAUGCGCGCUUGUACAGACAGAGGGUGGAAGCAGACGCGGCCUUUUAUCGCCAAAAGCAGGAUGCCGACGCAGCCUUCUAUCAGCAGAAACGCGAGGCUGAAGGAAUCUUGGAGAUGCCCAAGGCUUACGGCGCUCUUGUCAGUGUCCUCGGGGGACCUCAGGCCUUCUUGCAAUACCGCAUGCUGGAAACGGGCACGUAUGAGAAGCUGGCCAAGGCAAACGGUGCUGCUAUUAAUGGCCUUCAACCCAAAAUCACCACGUAG